AUGAAGAUGAGCUGGUGGGAUACGAAGCAGUUCACUUCAUUUGCAACUCAGGCGUUGAAAACUGCCCAGAAAAAAAUUGACAAAGUUUUGGACAUCAAAGAGGAUAAUAAUACAAUAAUACCAGACAAUGAAGAAAAAGAUGACAGUUUUUUUAGCAAAUGGCUGACCCCAGAGAAAGAAAACACUCCGACCCAUCCCAGCACGACCACCGAGUUAGACACAACAGAAAAAUUGAAAACCGAAUCAACAUAUUCCACACCGUCAUCAUCCCUGUUGGAUUUCAGCUUGGCAAAAAAUGAACUGGGUGAUAAUGAGGAAGCCAAAUUGUAUGAUUAUGAUAGCUCACCAAAGAAUACAAAUUUAAUUGUAUCAAGCCGGUCUGCUUUUAGAAAAGUUAAACUUAAAGAGACCCCUAAAAAAAGUACCGAAUUGAAAACGAAAGCUAGUUUAACUUUGACAGAGGGUGAUGAAUGGGAAGCAUUCAGUGUAACAAAACAUGAACCAGCAACUAAAUCAACACGUGAAGUUUUGCCAGAAAAAUUUGAUCUCACUACAAACAAGCAAACAGACAAACAAAAUGAGGGUGAACCAGAAAAGUGUGAUUCGUUCAUACAUCCCAAAUCCGAAAACCACACUUUCACACAAAAUAGCCAUAAUGUUUCACUCAUUAAUGAUGAUGAGAAGGAUAGAAUGAUGAUAAAAUCAAUGAUAGAUAUUAAAGAUGAUGAUGACAAUGAUAAAAGAUGUGUUGAAAAUUAUGAUGAAAAUAAUUAUAACAGAAAGUAUGUUAUUAAAAUUGAUGGUAAUGCUGUUGAAAAUGUUAGCAAUGAUACCAAAAUUGAUGAUGAUACCAAAAUUGAUGAUGAUACCAAAAUUGAUGAUGAUACCAAAACUGAUGAUGAUGAGGGUGAUGGUGAUGAUAACGUGAUGAAGAAGCAUAGUUUGGACAUGCUGCCAAGUGAUAAUAUCAAUGAAACUGAUUUCUCAAAAUCAGCAGCAGCAGCUACAAUAACAUCUUCAACAAAUGCAGCUGCUGAUGUUGCAAGCACUCAUUUGAUGUCACCACCAAAUGAUGCCUCUGAUAGUUCUACAAACGAAGACAACAAUGAUGACAAUGAUAAAAUGCAGCAAACACAUCAACAACAACAACAAGAAAUUCACGAAAACACGGAACAAAAUGCCGACGGCAACGACAUUAUAGAAGAUCAGACUAGCGAUUUCUUUGGCUUGUUGAAACAGUCGACAUCUGGCACUACAUUAACUGACCAGCAAGCCAUUCAACAACAACCACAGAAACAACGGAAAGAUUUUCCACAACAACAACAACAAGAUCGUGUCGACAACAACAAAAACGAUGAUGGUGGUGAUGACGACGACACGACAACAAUACAAAGACUACUCAAAGAAGCCAUUGAAGAUAACUGCAGCAGCCGCAGCAGUAGCAGCAGCAGCAACGUGAAAAAAACAUCGCCACCUUUUGAUAACGAUAAAACUCCUGGCUUCGAAUUCAUCAACCCUCUAAACGUCAUCACUUCCAAUCUCCAACAACAACAACAACAACAACAGCAACAACAACAACAACACGACGACUCAAAACUAAUGCCAAACAACAACAACACCCAAGUUGCAGAGUCAGGCAAUCACAGUGGACACACUUCGGCCGAUGAAAUUGACACUACUACAAGCUCCGACAUCGAGAUCAUUUCACAGAUGUCUACACCUAGUUUUUUAGGCACCAACAGCAGUCGGCAAACGUCCAGCUACCUAGAGAAGAUUUCAAUGAUCGGUGGUGGUGGUGUCGGUGGUGGUGUCGGUGUUGGUGGUGGUGCGUCACUGGGGCAGAGUUUUUGCGAUCUCUCACCUCCCAAUAAACUCGUUUUGAAAAGAAAUGGCAGCCCCAAUACAUGCCACAGGCGCUCAGAUAGUGGCUCCAGUAGCCAAAGCCUACAAAGUAGAAAUGGUGAAGAUUUUGUAUGCCUGGAGUAUAACAGGGGUGGUGGUUUUGUGGAUGUAAGACACAAGAGACACAUCAGUAACAACGCAGAUCAAAGCAAUCAAAUUGUACAGUUGACCAAUGAGAAUGAUCAUCUUAUGAAGAAAUUAGCCGAAGUGGUUGAAAUAUUGGAAGCCAGGGAGAAAAAAGUUUUGGAACUGGGUCAAGAAAAUAUCGACCUGCAAGAAACUAACUCCAUCCUUAGAAACAUCAACGAAUCAGAGAAGGAAGAUUUGAAACAGGUGGCAGACGAGUUUACGAAAAGGAUUGCAGAGUCGGAGGGGAGGUUGAACAUUGCCCUCAGAGAUAGAGAUGCGUUGAAGAAAGCUCUGCAAGAAUCUGAAAUAGCUAGAAAACAAAAAGCUGAAGACCAAGCCAGUGAAAUAUCUAAACUGGAGGACAUUCUGAACGGCAUGGUUGAUAACGAUAAGGCCAAUAUUGGUGAUUAA